AUUCACAUGUCUUUAUCAGAGGUCUGCAGCGCUAAUCCGCUUUAAUCCCAGUCAACAGAGGCGGAGCAAACCUCCUACUGCGAUUUACAGUUUUCCUGGCUGCAUUUAUUGAGAGGUGUUUGCGCGGAGGAGAGCAUGGUCGACAGACUUCGCCGCAAUGUGUAGUCCUGUGUUUGCGUGUAGAGUGCCGUAGUUUGUGCGUGAACGGUGCGUCGGAGGGGGAGCAAAUGCGGCUCUUGCCAUGACUCGUCCCGGGAAGCAGAGCUUUCAGGCGGCGUUGAUCUUUCUCUCUGUCGCCCAGCUGACCGCAGGUACAGUAGCUGACACAUCACUCUCACCCACUUUGCAUAACACGAGAUACUGCAUUCAUACCAUAAAUAACUUGUCCUGGAAAAAUUAUUCAACUAUCCAACGUUACAGAAGACCUACAUUGUGCUUUACCGAGAUUAAAAGUUGCUACAGGUCUAGUUGGAGAAAAACCCAAAACAAAUUGAUUUACCCAUAAACUGCUCAGAGAGCGAUUUAUAAAAUCAGGGGUAUGUCAUAAAACACAGCCAACAAUCUCAUGUAGUUUUUCGUUGAAGGACACAUUGAUAUAUGCCCAUUUAGAAAUAGAAAGCUAUGAAAAACUAAUCAUACUAACUUGUUUUCCAUCAGAGGCUCUCUGUAGUUGUUGAUCAUAGCUCACUUAAAUAUAGAGUAGAGCAGUGGGGGAAAAAAACUGUUGUGCAGAACUGAGGUUUCAACCAAGCAUUGAGAGAAUUGUCAGAUUUAUUGGUGACCCUGAGGCUAGGAUGUUUCAUUUUGUGAAAUCAUGCUCACAGUAGUAAAGACUACUGCUGGAAGCACGUGCGUCUUAUACUACCAGAGUGAAAAAAAUACAUAAACAAGCAGCCCUCAACAGAUGACUGAUUUCUCUAGCUGAUAGUUUCCAGGUGUUUAUGAAGAGAUAAGAAAAACUCAACUGCUGUCAUGUGGUUUCUUGAAUUUGAGAUAGCUGAUAAAUAUUGUGACUGUUUAAACAAUCAAUAAAAGGGACAGCAUAAAACACCUGUUUGAAUACAGGCUGUGGAAGAGAUGUUAAAUUUAUGUUGCUAAUGGGGAAAGAAAAGACUUUUGGUUAGGGAGGUUAGGGAAGCUGUCAAUCAUCUUAUACUUCUUGUGUUAUACUCAUCGAAUAGUAGAAUUACACUUUUGGCAAGUUUUAUUUGAACUGAAUCCCUUUUGCAUUCUGUAUCUAAAGGUGAGUUGUUUUCAGUGUGCAGGACUGUCUCAGGAAUUGCAUCAGAAAGAUAACCACAACUCUCCCCGUCCAGCAGCUUGUUUUUUUUCUUUGAGCAACUCAUAAUUCAUAGUAGUUCAGUUUAAAUUGACAGGCAGUGAUGUGCUGGUUGUAGAAUUUAGAGGAGAUUGAUUUUUUUAGGAGUUGUUGUACAAAGACAAGGACCGUGUGCAUGUAAUUGUGUACAUCUGCAGCAUUUUUUAAGUAGAAUUUUGGGAAUAUUUGCCUUUGCUGAUUGGACAGCUUAAUAGAUACAGUGAACAUGUGGGGGCAGAAAGUGGGGGGAGACAUGUAGCAAAGGGUCAUAGCUGGGAGUCGAACAAGCAGCACCCAAAAUCAGCAGAAUGUUUGAUUCAAAAUACUACACAGCUUCGUUUGAGUCACAGAUCACCUGCAUAAUUUUAGGUUGUGUUCACAAUGCAGAAAACAAUUACUUUAGGUUUAGGGACAAGUUGCUAUAAAAAGAGCGCUGAUUCAAAAGUGAUUACAUUAAUUGCACCUGACCAAGCUAUAAUUCCAUAAUCUUAUCCCUGCAUUGUUUAUGUUUCCAGACUUUCAAUACAUUUACUCAAGUUUUAUUGAUUUGCUGUUUUUACAUAGUUUUUAAUUAUGUUUAACACUCAAGCCGCCAUAGUGUCUUUAGUUUGCAUUUGUACUGCACACCGGGAACACACAUAGCAAGAGGAAAUCAAAAUGUUAAUAUUAAACAUGGUAAUCCAUCCAUAGCAAGAAGAGCUGCAGAAACUUAGGUUGCAAUAUUAAAUUUCAAUCAUAUCUACAGUGACCCUCUAUGUUAGGCAAAGAUUGUUUUCUAGAGAGAAAAAAAUGCAUUUGCAAGAUGAAGUGAUGUGUCAACCUUGCUAAAGAGUCAUGUUAAACUUUUGCAUCUAACUUCAGUGCACUCCUCAAGUAGGGCUCUGCUUCCAUCUGCCAAAGGUCUAUACCUCCACCUCACUCAACACACAUCUACAAGAGUGUGAGAAGUUCUCUUACUUAGCCAUUGACAGUGUUUUCAGCUUUGCGCUUAGACUCAACGUUGGUGCCACGUAGGUCAACAUUUGACAGAUUCCCACGAGUUUCUUAUCUAAUGUGUUUGGUUCUAGGUAAAAUGUAACUGUAGAAAUUGAUAACCUGUUGUUAAGUUAAAAUAAGUACAGCUAGUAAACUCAAUUUUGAUUAUUUAUUUUUAGAAGCUCCUGUUAGGACUUCUUAGCUAGUAACAUGAUGAAGCAAACAAAAGCACCAGCAACCCCAUUUUUGAAUGGUAUGUUUGACUGUUGAAAUAGCAGAAAGGUUUAAAAAAAAAAAAACUACAAAUCAGCAAAGAGGUUAGAGGUACUACUUAGUCUGCAUAUGGGAUGUAGUGCCUGUAGAAGCUUUUUUUUGCCCACAUGAGUACUGAUAACAGUUUCAAUGAUUUGAUCUAUUUCUUUAAUUGAAAUGUUCUAAAGGUGUAACACUGAUUUGAGCCUUGUAGAGGCUUUGUAAUGUAUGACUGUGAUUUUAUUAUUAUUCCUCUGCUGCCUGCAUGCAAAUACACCAAUGUUCGUCAUCUCUGCUGCAAAGAGUGUUAAAAAUGACCAACCUUGAUAAAGCUGAUUUUGAAAGUUACAAAGGUUCAAAAGUUCAUGCAGUAGUUACCAUCCUUGAGAAAGUUGUUGCCAAGCAACUUCCAGUCCUGUUCCAAAAAAUGAGAAAAAAUUGACACAUUUUGGGAAACAUUUCUCUAAACCUUGAUUUUGGCUUUAAAUUUUGUAAAGAGAGCUUUCAAAACUAUUUAAACCUAGUGCAGCAUGCACCACACAUUUUUCGCAAACAAUCACAUAGCUAAUUUACUGUUUUUUAAUAGCAAAGCUUCACCAUUUCCUUUACAAUAUUUAUCAAACUUCAAGCAGUUUUUUUCUCCACACAUAUUGUUGCUCAAUAUUUUAGUUUUGUCUUCUCAUUAGCUAAAAUGGAGAUUUAAUUUGUGGUGUACCUCAGGGAUCAAUACUAGAUCCCAUUCUGUUCUUAUUUUAAAUGAGUUACCUUGUAUUUGUUCUUUCUUUAUAACUGCUACACAGCUUCAUCUUUCAGUCACAGAAUAUGAACCUGCGAGUCAGAGCAUUGGACUACAAAGAGCUUUAUUCAAGCAGUAGCUAUGAAAGUAGAGAUCAGCUAGAGUCACUGCGAAGAUGUUGUCUCUCACAGUUACAAAAUACAUGUAGUUUAACAUUGGUUUUCUGUCACUAGCAAAAAAGAAGUACAGACAAAAGAUCAUUGCAACACUUAUGUGGUAAAAUGCUACUGUGGAUCUACUUUUGGCCCUCAGUGAGUGAAAAACAUGACUGAUAGUCACGCUAAUCCACACUGGUGAGAUUGUAACUGGUAGUGUAACAGUCUUGGUUUUAAGCCAAUGUAUCACCUAAAAAUGCAAAUCAGAUUGACAUUAAUCCAGCGGAAAAUAUUCUUUAACUGAACAGUCAUGCUUGCUUUGCUACUAAACCAUGUCAGACAUCAAGAAAAUUACUAUUACCAAAUAACCAAAUAUGUAAGUUUCAGACAAGCCAAGGUGUAAGAAUCAAAGUAAUUAAGUUUCGGAGUUUAGUGUUGUAGUUGUUGAUUAAAAAUAGCCACAAGUAGAUACAUGAACUCUUUGCUGUGCAUCCUGCUAACAAACAUGUUUGCAAAACUAAGUGAUAGUUUCAUAGUCUUUGACUUGCUCUUAAAACAAAUUAAUGCUCAAGGCUGACACUCUACAAAACACCAGAUGAGUUUGCCACUCUGUCUGCAGGGACUGUUAAAAUCAACAUGAACUGAAGUUUCUAUUCACUGCUUUAACAAAACUGUCACAUUUUCCCAAUUGGUCAUUGAUCAUCUGAUCAUGCCCUAACCGGGACGACUCUAGACCACUUUUUCAGAAGGUUUUUCCCUUAGGAGUUUUUCCCUUCAGAGUUUUCAGCUAAUAAUAUGAACCACUAAAAUUAACACUGAUGGUUUAUAUGACCAACAAAUGAAAGCAAGACCAUCAGGGACAGUUUUAUAGUAUUGGACAGUCAUUUUUAAUUGCCAGUAACUGUUGCCAUGGGGUGGGUGUUUGAUGAGUAACGGUACAGCCUUUCUUUAUGUUCCAUCCAUCCAUUAUCUUUACCACUCAUUCCUGCCAGGGUAGUGAAGGGAAUGGAGCCUUUCCCAGCUGUCACAGGGAGAGAGGCGGGGUACACCCUGGGCUGAUUGCCUCUCCAUCAAAUGACUGACAAACCGAGACAAACAACUAUUCGCACACUCUCACACCUACAGGCAAUUAAGAGAGAUCAAUUAACCUGAUGAGCAUGUUUUUGGGGAGAACAUGAAAACUUCACUCCUCACUCAGGGGUUUGAAGCAGGGACCUUGUUGCUGUGGCGCAACAGUGAUAUCCACUGCACCGCCUUACAGCCUUGAUCAAAGUGAGUGAUAAGUCUGGCUGUUAACAGAAAGCAGGAUAACAUUUUUCAUCAGAAAACACCACUCGUGCACGUGCAGGACAACGUCAGCAAAGAGAUAAGAUUUACCACUUUGUCCACACAGGGGAGGGUGGAGGAGAGUUCUUACAGGAGCUUUAAUUUAAAUAAAUGGGCUUCACAUCCCAGAUAACAGAGCCUGAAUCAAUUAAUUAUGCUUUUAAAAUACAUUGAGGAGAACUUCAUCAAACAAGAAGAGUGAGUGAUACCAAGCAGGUUUUAGAGCUGUUUUUGUCUCUGAACUUUCACUUGAACUGUAUGGUCUUUUUCUGCAAUAUUCAAUAUGAUAAGGUUUGCAUUUCUGUGGGUUUCCUGGUGGAUGUGAGGUUUUCUUUAGGACAGAUGGCUUGACUCAGGAUUUGUGAAAUGAUAGUAAUUAAGUACUCCCAGAAGCUAUGGUCUGUCAUGCGAAGACAUACUGAUUUAAAGCAGAGGUUGGUGGCGUAGAGAGAGUGCAGUAGGUUCAUAUAUAGUGGUGUCUAUAGAUCCUUGAACGCUGAAUUAUCUGGAUGUAUAUUGAAUAAGCUUUGAUCUGGAAUUGGUUUUUGAAUAAAACGCAACACUUUUACUGUUUAUUUUCCGUUUUUUCUCCCCAGUGAGGAGGCAGUGUAAGCUUUCUUAUCAAUCACUCGCAGUCUUAUCAAACAAAGCAUGACAGCAGCUCCAAGUAGAACACAAGAUUAUCUGGGUGUUAAACUAAGAGGCAUUACUCUGGUUCCUCCACCUCCAGCCUUUUAAGAGCAUGGGCCGUCUUAUGUAACAGGAGCAUCCAGCCUCUAGAGUGCUAAACGCCACCGACCAUGAUGAUAGUCUGUCAGUUAAAUUGUUUUUGUAAUACUAUAAACCCCCUCUGACAAACUGAUAAAUUCACAGGUGUCUGUGAAGAAAAUCAUAUUCUAUUCACCUUGUGUUUCAGGGCUCAAGUGUGUGUGCCAGCUGUGUGCCAAUCACACCUGUGAGACGACGGCAGACGGCGCCUGCUGGAACUCUGUGAUGUUGAUUGACGGGAAGGAGGAGACGGUUAAAUCCUGCCUGACGCCUGCAGAGAUGAAGGGCCAGGUCUUCUGCUACAGCUCCAGAAAUGUCUCCAAGAGGAACUGCUGCUUCACCGACUUCUGCAACAAUGAGACCCUGCACCUGAAUCCAGGUAUAAAAUGACGUACUUCAACUUAUCAUAAACACAUCUCCAACUUUAAUUUGGAUGAAUGAUUUCCCCCCAAAAUGUGCACAUAUUAAUAACUUAAAAAAGACACAUACAGAUAUGAAGUAAACAAAAAGCAUUAAUCCAGAUUACCCCCCGUCAGACAGUCAGUUAAUGUCACAUUGCUCAGUUGUUUUGGUACUCAUUCGGCAGCACUGACAGCCCAAUCAGCACAGGAUUUCCCACUCAUUCUGGUCCCGGCUAGACGAGGUGGAUGCUGAUCCUUCUAGAUCCUAUGACAUAACAAAUCUGGCAGGAGCAACGGGACGGCAGUUAGCGAUCCUCCCCCUCCCUCCCCUGAUUUAUAAAUAAAUACUCUGUCAGGCGGGUAGUCCUACAGCCAGCUCAAAGCCUCUCAUAGGUCAACUGGUGGAAGUUGUCCUUAAGGAAGAGGGCAGAUUUCCAUCACCUAAGGAAUUACAUGAGGAGAAACCCUGAAUAUGUUGGUUUACAAUAUAAUUUACACAUACACACACAAAAAUCUGAGUGUUUGAAUUUAAUGUGAAUUUAUUGCAUUUAACUUACAUUCCCCAUUGGUCCAUGAAAAUUGGAUCACUGAUACGAAGGAAAUUUUCCAAUGAAUGGUUUCUACUGUGUCCCUGUUCUUUUGCUGAAGUUUUAAAGUCUCUAUUCAUUCUUUUGGCGCUGUGUUUGAUAUCCACUCGUAAGCAAGUCGACUCUCUUUGCUGCCUUGACUCAGUUUACCAGUCACAGUCUGACCAUGGCUCUGUCUCAGUGUGUUAAACUUCUGCAGGAGUUUAUGGCUGCUUAUGAAACAGACUGGAAUCAAUACUAAAGUCUCUAUGUGUAACUCAUCAUAAGGACUGUUAAAGGUUAUUUCUAUUUAGUAAAUUUUAAUGUAUUACGUUACUGAGGAUAUGUGUGGGGAAAGCCACUAACUGUUUGCUUAAAAACAACCUUUCUUCCAUCUUCCACUGCAGAGAUUCUUGAUGAGUGAUAUGUUUGAGUAUUACAAAUAGCAUAAUGACACAUGACAAGAGGUGCCUCAUAAAGGUGCCUCAACAAACUCAAUGUACUCUCUGGAGCUUUAAUGUGCGGUCAACUUGUAUUGAGCUGGGUUUCUGCUCACAUGAUGGAACAGUAGAGGAAUAUCAGGCCCAUUUUAGCUUUGUUAUUAUUUAGAUUGUCACUCAUUCCUGUUGUAGCUGCCGUUUCCACCACCUAUAGUUGUACCUUGACCUUUGCUGUUUGCUGUAAAGCAUGUGUAGAGUCUCAUUUACCACAACAAUUCGAAACGAUACACAGUCAGAGCACAAUAUUGUACUCACUAUUCAAAUAAAAUAUUGAUUUUUGAAGCUUUAAGAAGUUGAUAAGACAUGUUUUCUGACUGCAGUAUAUCACCCAACAACUGGUGCGUCUGGCUUUUCAGCGUGUGUGAGAAAUCCUUCUUUCAGCAAAAUUCCUUAAAAAGCUGAUGGACACACCGAUGUGGCAGAUUUUUUAUGUUUCAGAUCUGUUUGCCUGUAAAAGAUGCUGUUUUUGAAAAGAAAAUUCAGGGAAAUGCCCCUCAGAAAUCAAACAGUCCAAAGAUAUUCGGUCAUUUUUCAUACAGCCUGGUGAAAAGUAGCAAAGUAGGGAAUACAGUUAAAACAUUGCCACCUGUUUGUUUUACCAAAUGCAACCUGUUAGGAACCGAUCAAUAACUAUUUAGUCUCACACAGACUGUUCAAAGGUACAAAUAAUAAAUUCACAAUCAUAGGGCCCCCCAAUGUAAGCUGCACUAAAUGGAAACAUUGUCAAACAUUCGGGUGUCUAUAUGUUGUGAUUUUUGUGUCAUGAAGCCAGGCUAAAACAAAGGAAAAGGACCCAAAAAUGCAGACAAAAAAAAGGAUUUAUUAAAAAGAACUAAAUGAAAAGCAACAUAAAAUUUAAACUUUCUAACCAAAAAAUCCAAAAGACAAAAUCCAACAAAAGACACUAGGAAAAAAAAAUCACAAGGAGACUAGUAGGGACUCCUAAACACAGGGAAACGAGCAACAGGUGAGGCAAACGAGACACAGGUGAGGCUAACGAGCAACAGGUGAAACUCAUGGGUGAUUAACAAAGGAGGGAAAACCAGGGAAGUAAAACCAGACUAGAAACACAGGGAGUAAACUACUACAAAAUAAAACAGGAAACACUGGAAACUGAUCUAAAGAACAAAACAGAAACAGGGUCAAACACAAACUAAAAACUCACAAGACAGGACUACACGGUAACAGAAACUCAUUUUGUUGCGCUUACUAUACUCAAAUUGUAUGCUUUAUGUAAAGUGUCUUUGAGUAUCAUGAAAAGCGCUAUACAAAUAAAAUAAAUUAUGAUUAUGAGUACGAUUAUUAUUAUUAUUAUUAUUAUUAUUAUUAUUAUUAUUAUUAUUAUCAGGAAGACAGAGCUUCAUUAUUUAGUGUGGUGCACAUGGUUAGAUUAAAGCUCCUAUGAGGAAUUUUUAGCUGUUUGGAAAAAAAUGCUAAAAUGGAUGCUCAUGCCUCUUUAUGAGCUAUAAAUGAAGAUAACACCAUCAUCAGUGCAGAGGCAGUCAGUCUUUAUGCUAUUAUCAAUGCCCAAUAUCAUUAAAUGCUAUGUCAGAUGAAGUGAUACAGCACAUUAAGAUGAUGAGUUUUGUCUUUCUUUCCCACAGGAGCAUUAAAACAUGUGCAUUAUUUAGUUUUGAGUCAGAAAAUGACUCUUUUUACUCCAUGAUUUAUCCAUCUCAUAUAUAUAGAGAGUUGCCACCUUACUAAAGAAUAGAGGUGACACAUUAGAAAGAAGAGUUAAGUCCUGCAGUGUGCUGGUGAGAUGGGUCAGGAGAGCGCCCCGAGGCUCUGAUGGUUUUCACAGUGAAUGAGGGCAACAAAAUCAAUCUGUGCCACUACUCUGCUAAAUAUCAGCAUGUGAGCUCAUGCAGUGUGUUUACUUUUCAUGUAUGCAGACAGAGACUACAUGUCCAUUUGUACUGUCAGUCAGACUCUUAUAUAGGCUUAAACAGUGACUAGAUGUUAGUCAGGAGGUGAAGUCAAAGAUUUACAUCCUUGACCCAUGCAGAGUCUGAAGUUGUUGUGGUCUGUAGGUCCUGUGCUUUUGGGUCAGAGGAGAAGAGUCUUGUUUUCCUCCAUAUCUGCUUUACUCCAGUUGGAUGUAGUACAGGGUGUAUUUAGGCAAAAGGCUAAGAAUGUCUUAAGAAACCAGGGUUUGAGUCCCAAUGUGUUGUUUUGCACAUCAGGCCAUCUGCAGAUAUUGCAUGUCAAAGGCACACUUAUGAAGAAAUCCAAUGCUCUGGGGAGUUUAGAUGUUGAUCAAGCUGCUAGAAAAGACAACAUGUCACUUUUUUGUUUUAAUAUGUAUAAUUACAAUAUCAACAUGUCUAUGCAGCAAGUACAAGAGUUUUAAAUUAAUGCUAAUUACUUAUUGAGUUAAUACAAACCUGUUUCCAUCAUGGUUGGCCAACUCAGCUUGGUGUUGUACAAAGUCUAAACAUUUUAAAUCCACAACUCUCAGGAUUUUCCCAGACCUGCCAUUUAAUAGAAGUGUUGUGCUAAAAUCUAAUACAGUUUUCACCAUCCAUUAUUUGUCAGGAGUCUUAAAAUUUCAUUUUAUAACUGCACCCACCAUCUCUGUUAUUUUUUGUCAGUGUCCAGGUCUCAUCUGUCCACCCACAUCCAGAAUGAAGGUCAGAGACAGAAAUGCCAGGUUACUCUGUUCAUCCAGUCGAAUGCACCUGCUGGGGAUUAACUUGAGUCACUUACAUAAAAUUAGGAAGUUUGCUGUGGCAACAACAAAAUUACAUACCUGUUGUUGCUUUUGAGGAAAGUGUUUUAAAAUAUCCUGCAUCUGUGUCUCUGUAAUAUCUUUGAUUUGUGAGGAAAAUGCCUGGGUCUCUGGAAAGACACUUAUUUUGGCAGACAUAAUUUACAAUAAUCUUCCAAAUGUACAAUUUAUGUCACUCCAAAUUCAAAGAUUGUUUGAGGAGUCAUAAUACAUCAGCACAUAACAGCAAAACUUAUGUACCACUGAUAAAAUAUGGUUCACUUAGAGGUUGAUUUCAGUGGAUUUCACGGAACACAACAUGCAAUAACCUGUAAUGACCAGCAGAGGGAGCAAAGCUCAUUUGGAGCUAAAUCUAUGCAAGUUCCCUCUCCUUUUACCGACUCUUUCUUUGGAUUGUUUUGAAAAUUUAACUCAUAUAGUGUCGUCUACCCUCUCAUGUUUUUCUGUAUGUGUGUGUGUUUUCAGACAGGCCAUCAGAGGAAUCUGGGUGGAGCACGGAGCAGCUCACUGUGGUCAUUGUGGUUCCCUCCUGCCUGUUGUGUGUGGGGAUCCUUCUGGGAGUGUUUGUGUUGCAGGGUCACCGCUGCUACUACAGCAGAGCCCACAAACAGGAUCCUGAGGAGCCUCUGGAUGACCAGAUGCUUAUGUCACCCGACAAGUGUCUCAAAGAUCUGAUAUAUGACAUGAGCACCUCUGGCUCUGGAUCAGGUCGGCUUAACCAAAACUGUAACUUUCUGUGUUAAAACCUGUACAAAAAUAUAUAUAGAGAGAGAUUCACAACAUAAAAAUAUCAGCUCACAGCUAUUUUUGGCUUGUAGGUCUACCACUGCUUGUCCAGCGAACUAUAGCUCGUACUAUUGUCCUGCAAGAAUCCAUCGGGAAGGGUCGAUAUGGGGAGGUGUGGCGGGGAAAGUGGCGAGGAGAGGAUGUGGCGGUGAAGAUUUUCUCCUCCAGGGAUGAGCGGUCGUGGUUCCGAGAGGCAGAGAUUUUUCAGACCAUCAUGCUUAGACAUGAGAACAUCCUGGGAUUCAUCGCUGCAGACAACAAAGGUAUUAGAUAACGAUAAACUCACAAAAGUUUCCAUUAAAGCAGUCAAGUAUAUGCUCCAUUACUAAGUGUUGCUUUUGCUUUGCAGAUAACGGCUCAUGGACUCAGCUGUGGUUGGUGUCAGAGUACCAUGAGCAUGGAUCUCUGUAUGACUACCUGAACAGGUACACUCUCUCAGUGGAAGGCAUGAUCGUCCUCGCUCUGUCCAUAGCCAGUGGCAUGGCUCAUCUCCACAUGGAAAUCAUCGGCACACAAGGUAAGGAAGAGUAUGUGACAGUGCUUCACAGGAAUGAAUCAAAGCGAGACGAACCAAAUUUAAAUCAAAUAAAUAAUAAAUAACUUCAGUAAAGCUAUUGAAACACAGAGUCACCAAUGAUAGGAUGGCACAGUUUCCCUGUUGUCCUCAUUUAGAAACAGCUGAACACUCAGGAGACCUCUUCCUGAGGACUGAUCAUGAAAUGUAUAACAUUUUGUGGGCAGACAAACUAAAUUACUGUUAUGUUUGCAACGACACAUAAACUGCUCAGAUAGCCUCUUUUAGUUCUCAUAUAUUUCACUAAUUGCCAUUAAUUUUUAUGAUUAUUGAGGAGAUUAUUUGCAUGUCAGGUGCAGAUGUUUUUGUUUGCUAUUAAAGUGCAAUAAGUUAUUUUUAUUGAUCACUAAAAUAUAGAUAGAAAUGUUUGUUGCAUAUAAACCAGAUUUUAUUUGUUGUGUUUCUGGUUGUAGGGAAACCUGCGAUUGCUCACAGAGACCUGAAGUCCAAAAACAUCUUGGUGAAGAAGAACGGCACAGCAGCCAUCGCAGAUUUGGGUUUGGCUGUGAAGCACGACUCCAACACCAACACCAUAGAUAUACCACCGAACCACAGAGUGGGAACAAAGAGGUGGAGUUUAAUGAUGCUAAAAACCUCCUGUACAAUUUGACACCAGAGUAGAUCUUAGAGCUUCAGACCUGGUCAAUUAAUUUGAUGUGCAAAACAGUUCAAAAUGAUUUAUGAUUGCUGUUGAAGGUUCACUGGGAAAUUAACAAAAGUAGUGACCUCUCAGCUAAUCCUGAUUCCCGGUGGAUUGAUGAAGGAUGUGGGGAAGAUGCUAUCAGUUAUUUUAAAACUGUAUUUUUACCAGUAUGUGAUUUUUUAACAUAUGUAUACAGAAUAGAUUGAACAAACUGCAGCCCUGUAUGUUCAGGAUAGUUUAACUCUGGUGACCCCUUGUGGUUGUAUCAUGUAUUGCAAACUCUCCAUCAGACUGAAAUUUUGUGUAGCGUCUCAGAAAUAAUAAUGUACGACUCUCUGCAGACUUCUAGACUUCCUGAGCUCAAUAAUUCGUCUCUUUCUCCACAUUAAUGAUUUUAAUUCAGGGACCACUUGAUAAAGAUUCAAAACAAGCUCACUCAGAUCUAUCAAAUGAAUAUUCUGAGCCGUUCAGGACUUAUUGGCUUCAUUAAGCUUUAAUCAUUUUGUCCUGUGCAGGUACAUGGCCCCAGAAAUCCUGGAUGAGACGAUCAAUAUGAGCAGCUUUGAGUCAUUCAAGAGGGCGGAUAUCUACGCCCUCGGCCUGGUGUUCUGGGAACUGGCCCGGAGAUGCUCUGUCAGGGGUAACUUGACAUACACACUCCUACUUACCUAUUGAUAUUUGUAGAGAUAUUUCGUCAUAGCGUACAUGGGUCAUAUCCUUGCGUUGGUUUGAAAACCUAAUUUAUUUAAAUCACUGCAUUAAUAAGGGAAAGUCUGACAAUAAAAAUCUCAUUUUUUUGAUCCUGCAGGACUUCAUGAAGAUUUCCAGCUGCCUUAUUAUGACCUGGUGCCUUCAGAUCCCACUGUAGAGGACAUGAAGAAGGUGGUGUGUGAGCAAAAGCUCAGACCAAACAUCCCAAAUCAGUGGCAGAGCUGUGAGGUGAGACAGAAACAUCCACCUGAAGUGUUUUCAUGUAGUAAAGGGGUCAAUAGAAGUAUGAUACCAGCGCAUUCCUAGUGUAUAUUAACAUAAAAAAAGAUGCUAUAGGCUAAAAGAAUAUCAAGAUUAAUCACAGGUUUUUGUUUGUAGCUGUAGAGGUGUUUGGUAUGGAGCCCGGGAGGUGACAUGAACUUUUUUUUUAAUUCACUGAGUUUGAAUUCAUGCGAUUUAGUGUCUCGAACGUGCAUUUCAUACAUAUCUCAUAUGUGUGUUUUAUUUGUAUCAUGCGUUUUUUUAAAUGAUCCUACAUGCACCUCAUUUGUAAGAGAAGUAAGGACAGUGUCAUGGACAGAGGGCAUAUUAUCAACAUUUUCUUUCAUUUAGGUAUGAUUCACAAAGAGAUAAUUUAUAGCUUUGCCACAUUUGUUAUUGUUUUGAGAAGCAGACACCUCAUCAGGAUCCUUAAAGCACAGCGACUUUGCUGUCGGUGAUAUUCAGACAUAUUGGUUUUGUUUAUUAACAAACAAUUAAAUUGCACCAGCGAUAUAAUGAAAUGCACGUGCGAGAUACUAAAAGGCAUGUGUGAGAUACUCAAUCGCAAAAAAAAAAAAAGUUCAUGUCACCUCCCAGGCUCUUUAGUUUGGUACAUUCAUGGUUAUUUUCAGCAACUUUACAUGAAGGUUUUAGUGUCGCAGUAAGAUAAUUUGAGAAAGAUUUUGAUGAUUUAAUAUAGUGGUUUAAAGCUGACUGGUAAAAAGUAAAUAAAUCUAACUACUGAAGUGAACAAAUAUAUUUAAGCUUUUACUUGAGAGCUGUGAAAACACUGGACUGACAUAAGUAACUGUUAAUACAUAAACAGGGUAACUCAAAGGCCACCAGGGCGAGAAAAAUUAGAGGUCAAACAGAAACUGAAGUGGAGUAUUUAUAUGAAACUUUGACUGCAAAUGAACUAUUCAUUGAACUAAUACAGUUUGAUCCUUGGUAUUGUUUACCAGGCUCUUCGUGUGAUGGGCAAACUGAUGAGAGAGUGCUGGUAUGCCAACCCCUCUGCUAGACUUACUGCACUGCGGGUCAAGAAAACUGUGUCUCAGAUUUCUGUCAUCAAGGACAUCAAAGAUUAGCUCAAACCCAGCCUUAAAUCAGCACUGGUGCUGGCACCGCUGCUGCAUGAUGGGCUGAGAGUUGUUGGAGACAAACAGGGAGAAAGUGCUCUCUGUGACUGCCUGAGGCUGCCCUCUUCAGGACACAGCUGCACUGCUCACCCUAAGACAGCAGGGUCAGGUGGUUUUGGUGCCAAAGUUUUAAAGGGGGGUGUCUGAGACUGCUUGGUACACUAACACUUGAUGAACCAAUGUGAACCAAAAAGCAGGUAGGAAGAGCCAUAUGAGAUAAGAAUGGGUUUAAUAUUUGUACAGAUUAUUUUGCUACCUCAGACAUUUAAGUGCCCAAAGCUUCAAGUUGCACAUUGUGAUGUUUUUGUGCCAUAUCAUAUCAUGUCAUGUAGCGACACAGCAUUUCUUGGUAAGUAGUGUGCUAAUGUACAAUCAGAAAUGAUUCUGGGUAUGACACUUAAAUGGUCAUCACUUAUUUAAAAUGAAGCGUACGCAGAUUGUUCAUAAUAAUCUGAGUUUAAAAGUGCUUUUGCGUUGUUAUCAAAGUUGAAUGUAGUUAAAUAGUUUAAUGGGAAGGAAACUAAACAAGACCAGAGCAGUGCAUAUGCAUCAACUUUGUGCUAAAUAUAUCCAAAUGGGUUUCUUGUGUGUUGAACAUUUUAUUGAGAACCACCCCAGGUCAGGUGUGGUUGAUCCCUCUGUUGGUCAGAUACCUCAAUAAUCAUGAACUGGAGCACAAGAACAUUUGGUAAGCACUAGUCAUAUCCAAGAGAUGAACCCUUAUAAAAACUUCAAACUUCGACUUAAAGUCAACCUUAAAUUUUUUUCUGUACCAUCGACAGUUUUUGUUGAGAAAACUUUAAAAUUCAUCCCGCUGGUCCUGCUCGUUAUAACUGGUUAAAUAAAGCAUCAGCUGAGUUGUUUCUUGAUAAUAAGCUAUGUGCUGCUUUGUAUCGCAGGCUGUUGCUAUCGUACCGAUAUCAGCUCACGUACAGGUCUUGUUAUGUGUUUCUUUCUGCUGACUGAUUGGUUGACUCUGUCCGUGACAGUAACUCAGUGUGUUGCAGAAAACAAUUAACAAACACCUUGUGUUGCUCUGCUUGUGUCCUUUGGAAAUGCUCGUGGUACCGUUGGAUUUUUUUUUUUCUCUGAAGUUGGAUCAGUGUUGAGCCAAGAUAUAUUUUGUACGUUGUGUCAUAUCUGCUUCUAUAGCUAAGCGUAUAAAAGACCAAUCAGUCAUUCCAAAGAGGGGUGAUCACCAUGUGCAAUUUCUGACUGGUGUCUUUUUUCUAUAUCAUGUAUUGUGUAUUAUGAGAAUGCUAAAUUAAAACUAAUGUGACACUGCUUUCAUAAGAUAAUAUCUAUUUUUGAUUUUUAACCAUCCAGAAAUAUAUUUUUGAUUAUGUGAAACUGUUUCGUGUUGUUGCUUGGAUUUCAACCCAUUGCAUUGUAUCUGUUCUCUUGCACUAUUUAUUCUGUAUAAGUGAUAUCAGUGGGUCAAUAAACGUUGUUUUUCAUGGA